CUCAUACACACAGAGAGGGAAGUGAGAGAGAGAGAGAGAGAAGCGAAGAGGAGAGAGAGAGGGAAUGGGAAUGGGAUUGCUGGGGAGCUCAACAAUCCCAUUGGGAGUGGGAAUGGGAGGAGUAGUGGGCGAGCAUUGCUGGGAAUGGGGGAGAAAGUACUUGAAGUACGAACUCUGCAGCGUGAAGGACGGCAUGUCGUUGGCGCUGGGUGUAAUCAGCGUACUCAGUUGGGGUGUCGCUGAGGUUCCCCAAAUCAUCACCAACUACAAGGCCAAAUCCAGUCAAGGCCUCUCUCUUGCUUUCUUGAUCACUUGGAUUAUCGGGGACCUGUUUAACCUUUUUGGCUGCCUGUUAGAACCAGCUACUCUUCCAACACAGUACUAUACAGCAAUUUUGUAUUUAACAACCACAUUGGUUCUUUCUGUACAGACCAUAUACUAUGGUUAUGUAUAUCCUCGUCUUAAUAAUUUGAGACAGAAAAAGGGUUCCAAGACUAAUCCGGCUGAGGUUCCAGGAAAAGCUAGUGGCAGGGUUAAUGUGAUUGACACCCCCUCUGCAGGAAAUGAAUGGACUUCACCCAUUCUUUGUCCCAAUAUUUCUCCUGGACGAGAAUCAUACUACAUAUCGGCAAGAUCUUUAUCAAGGAGUCACACCCCUUCAGAAGGAUUUCAUGCAGCACAAAGAAAAAUUCUUCCAUUUAAUCGUAAUCGAAAUCCAAAUGAAGAGCCCUUGCUUGGUGCACUUGCAUCUACACAGUCUGCACCAUCUAAUAAUGUCAAGACUACGCUGUGUGUGGUCUCGCUGAUGACCCUCUUUUGCACUUUUAAUCAACGAUCAGUUGAUUUAAUUGUUGACAAUCCAAAUCGAGGAGUAGUGAUGCAAGUAGGAAGAAGGCUGUUGCAGGUAAAUAGUGGGCUGUUGCGAGAAAUGGGUACUAAACAUAGCAGUGGGAUAGGAAGUUUCCUUGGUUGGGGAAUGGCAGUUAUUUACAUUGGUGGACGGUUUCCCCAAAUUUACUUAAAUAUCCGCAAGGGGAAUGUUGACGGGCUUAAUCCUUUUAUGUUCAUCUUUGCUGUUGUUGGAAAUGCAGCUUACGUCGCAAGCAUUUUGGUGAACAGCAUGGAGUGGUCGAAAAUCAGUCCGAAUCUUGCGUGGCUGGUGGAUGCUGGAGGAUGCAUGCUUCUGGAUAUUUUUAUACUACUUCAAUUCUUCCAAUACUGGAGACACCGAAAUGUAGGGGGUAAGGAUAGACACUCCAAUGCAGCCUAGUGAAGGAAUCACAUAAAAAACUUCAAGGAUUCAGAAUUUUCCAGGGAGCCAUGUACGUGAAUGAAUCUUCGUCGCUACCUUUUCGGGAUUUCUUCCAAUCCGAUCUGAUCCCGUCCAGUUUCGUCGAUUCUGCAUCCUUACAUUGGCAGACGAGAUCGGUGUCUGCAAUUUUCAGCUGUUACAUUCAGAAUUGUUUUUGUUGCUACUUAUCCUUACUUCGCCCCCAGCUAUAGCUGUUGACAGUGUUAUUUUUCAAUUUUCCAGUUUUGCCUUACUGGGAAUUGACAACAAAGAACAUCUUUUUUUCUUUAAAAAAAAAAUAAACUACAAAAUUUUCGUACUUUGUAAAUCAGGAUUUAACGCUUAUUAAGCGCAGAGGAGAGGCACAUUGUUGUAGUCAACUUGGUCCGAGCAUCAGGGUUUAA